GAGACUGGCGGCGGGUACCAUGGCCAUGAAUUACCGCGCCGGACAGUUCGAGGGUGCGUACAACCCGCGCCGCCUCCGCAACUGGGAGGUCCCCGAGCGGUGGCCUUCAAAGCGAGCCGCCUUCGGCAGAGCUCAGCAUCAGCCGCGGCCCAUAGCCAACGACAGGGGGCACCUGCUGCCGGGGGUCCCCAGGGGACCACGAGGGCCCUGGGGCUGCUACCGGGGCACCUGGGAACUGCCGAGGCGCAUCACCAGGAAGCAAGCUGAGGAGCUGUCGGUGGUGAACCCCCCGGUCCGUCCGCCACCCGUGGAGCCCAGCUCGUGGCAGAAGCGGUCUGCCUCCAGCGUGCCGGUGCCGGAGAGGUCGCAGGCGGCGCAGGAGGCCAUAGACCGGGCGGCGGAGGCGGCGCCACAGCCUCAAGAGGACCAGCAAGAGGCGGGGCCGGUCCAGACCUCCCUGAGCGUGAAUCCUGGUGGCGUCAUCCACAUGUCCGACUUCAACGAGCUUUCCUGAUCCUGAUCCUAAUCCUUCUCCUUCAAUGGUCCUGCUGCCAGCAUCGCGACAGCUUGUCUCGACGAGCUGUUGCAGUACUUUCAGCGCCCACCACAGUAAGGCGGCGGUGAGAAAUUUGUCUGCAAUGCCU